AUGACCAAGCAUUGCGCGGGCAGGAGGCGAACGCCGUUUUAUGGGGGCGACCCGGCCCGCUUUGAUUCCCCGCCCGACCAGGCGCGAGCCCGACCCCAAGCUCGUAAAUGCCUUGACCGCGCGCUCCCUCCCCGGGCCAUUGGCCGCGAUAUAAGGCGCAGCGCCGGCUUCGGGGUCCAGUCCAGACUUCGCCGCCGCCUCGCCAUGCCCUGCCUCUCGUCUCGCCCCGGAGCCUUCAGCUGCGCCUCGGCCUGCGGGCCCCGGCCCGGCCGCUGCUGCAUCACCGCCGCCCCCUACCGCGGCGUCUCCUGCUACCGCGGCCUCGCCGGGGGCUUCGGCAGCCGCAGCGUCUGCGGGGGCUUCCGGGCCGGCUCCUGCGGCAGCAGCUUCGGGUACCGCUCCGGGGGCGUGUGCGGACCCAGCCCACCCUGCAUCACCACCGUGUCUGUCAACGAGAGCCUGCUCACCCCCCUCAACCUGGAGAUCGACCCCAACGCGCAGGGUGUGAAGCAUGAGGAGAAGGAGCAGAUCAAGUGCCUCAACAGCAGGUUUGCUGCCUUCAUCGACAAGGUGCGCUUCCUGGAGCAGCAGAACAAGCUGCUGGAGACCAAGUGGCAGUUCUACCAGAACCGCCAGUGCUGCGAGAGCAACCUGGAGCCCCUGUUCAACGGCUACAUCGAGACCCUGAGGCGGGAGGCCGAGUGCGUGGAGGCCGACAGCGGGCGCCUGGCCGCCGAGCUCAACCACGUGCAGGAGGUGCUGGAGGGCUACCGGAAGAAGUAUGAAGAGGAGGUGGCACUCAGGGCCACAGCUGAGAAUGAAUUUGUGACCCUGAAAAAGGAUGUGGACUGCGCCUACCUGCGCAAAUCAGACCUGGAGGCCAAUGCGGAGGCCCUGACCCAGGAGAUCGACUUCCUGCGGCGACUGUAUGAGGAGGAGAUCCGCGUUCUCCACGCCCACAUCUCAGACACCUCGGUGGUCGUCAAGAUGGACAACAGCCGGGACCUGAACAUGGACUGCGUCAUCGCCGAGAUCAAGGCUCAGUACGACGACAUCGCCAGCCGCAGCCGGGCCGAGGCCGAGAGCUGGUACCGCACCAAGUGCGAGGAGAUGAAGGCCACGGUGAUCCGCCACGGCGAGACCCUGCGCCGCACCAAGGAGGAGAUCAACGAGCUGAACCGCAUGAUCCAGAGGCUGACGGCCGAGGUGGAGAACGCCAAGUGCCAGAACUCCAAGCUGGAGGCCGCCGUGAGCCAGUCUGAGCAGCAGGGCGAGGCCGCCCUCGCUGACGCCCGCUCCAAGCUGGCAGGCCUAGAGGAAGCCCUGCAGAAGGCCAAGCAGGACAUGGCCUGCCUGCUCAAGGAGUACCAGGAGGUGAUGAACUCCAAGCUGGGCCUGGACAUCGAGAUCGCCACCUACAGGCGCCUGCUGGAGGGCGAGGAGCAGAGGCUGUGUGAGGGCGUUGCUGCUGUAAAUGUCUGUGUCAGCAGCUCCCGAGGCGGGGUCGUCUGCGGGGACCUCUCUGUGUGCGGCUCCCGGCCGGUGACCGGCAGCGUCUGCAGCGCGCCCUGCAGCGGGAACCUGGCAGUGAGCACUGGCAUGUGCGCCCCCUGCGCGCCCGUCCAGAGCUGUGGCAGCGUCCGCUCCGUGCGAUUUGCGUAGUGCCUCCUGCUUUGCAAACACGCCCUUCAGCCAGCCAACCUCCCUGCAGAUGGAGGCAGGUCCCCAGCUCAGAAAACUCCUGAACUUGAUACGGAGGGGCUUCACCGGCCCACACUGCGGCCUUCUCUCUUGCAUUCAGCUCCUCGCUCGGCACUUCAUUUCUUGCAGUGAGGACCAGGCUGCUGGCCCACACGCCUGGUACCUCUGCCCCAUCCCCAAGUGUCUCAAUGGUUUCUUUACAGCCCUUGGCAAAGAUUCCAUCCUGACUCUGGGGACUCAGGCUGCCAAGGGACGGGUUGGCCCCGGGGGGCCUCUCCUGCCUUCUAAGCCCAUGACUCCUGGUGACCACGGCUUCCCCUCCCAGGGGCCAACUCUUGCUCAGCUGCCCAGCUACCUCUGUCUCUUCUCAUGCUUGGUCUUCAUGUUGCCAAUAAAGCUCAC